AAGGUUGUACAAAUGCCACGCUGUAGUUUGGUUGGUUUCUGUUGUCAAUUGUCAAUUGUUUAGCCGGUGUGUCGUUGUUGAAACGUGUCAACAUAUGAUUUGAUUCUUUAGGUUAUAUCAAAUACAGUACUUGGUUAAAUUGUAUGCAAACGUUUUGUUGUAAUUACGGUUUUGUCCAUCAUGGUGGCGACAUUGAUGAAAUCUCAUUCAUUUCGCAUGUCAACAGAGAAACAAGAAACACUGCUAAAGCUAAGCAUUCUGUCGCUUGCUGCAAUAUUAUCUUUUGCCACAAGAUUGUUCUCCGUGUUGAGAUUCGAGAGUGUGAUACACGAGUUUGACCCCUACUUCAACUACCGCACUACCAAGUUCUUGACAGAUGAAGGCUUCUACAGUUUCCACAACUGGUUUGAUGACCGGGCCUGGUAUCCACUGGGAAGGAUUAUUGGCGGCACAAUAUACCCAGGCCUGAUGGUAACCUCAGCCGUACUAUAUCAUCUUGCGUGGUUGAUAAACGUGACAAUAGACAUAAGAAAUGUCUGUGUGUUUCUCGCUCCAUUCUUCUCCAGUCUUACCACAAUCAUCACCUAUCUCCUGACCAAGGAACUGAGAGACUCUGCAUCUGGUUUAGUGGCGGCAGCGAUGAUUGCCAUCGUCCCAGGAUACAUAUCGAGAUCUGUAGCAGGCUCGUAUGACAAUGAAGGUAUUGCCAUAUUCUGCAUGCUUCUGACGUAUUACAUGUGGAUAAAAGCUGUGAAGACAGGAACAAUCUUGUGGUCUACUCUGGCUGCACUUGCCUACUUUUACAUGGUGUCGUCGUGGGGCGGCUACGUGUUCCUCAUCAACCUGAUCCCGCUGCACGUGCUGGUGCUGAUGGCGACGGGCAGGUUCUCGCACCGCAUCUACGUGGCGUACAGCACGCUCUACUGCAUCGGCACCGUCCUCUCCAUGCAGAUCAGCUUCGUGGGCUUCCAGCCGGUGCAGAGCUCGGAGCACAUGCUGGCUCUUGGAGUUUUCGGCCUCUGUCAGCUGCACGCAUUUGUCGACUACCUGCGCAGCCACUUGAGCAAGGAGGACUUUGAAGCCCUUUUCCGUGCCAUGUUGGUUGGCACGGCGUCCGUCAUAGUGGUGGUUGGAGGCGCGCUCACGUUCACCGGCAAGAUCUCGCCGUGGACGGGCCGGUUCUACUCCCUGCUGGACCCGUCGUACGCCAAGAACCACAUCCCCAUCAUAGCGUCAGUGUCGGAGCACCAGCCCACGUCGUGGUCCUCCUUCUACUUCGACCUGCAGAUCCUGGUGUUCCUGUUCCCCGCCGGCCUCUACUUCUGCUUCUCGCAGCUGUCCGACGCCAACAUCUUCCUGGUGCUGUACGGCGUCACCAGCAUAUACUUCGCGGGCGUGAUGGUGCGUCUGAUGCUGGUCCUGGCGCCGGUGAUGUGCAUCUUGUCUGGCAUCACGGUGUCGGCCAUGCUGAGCACCUAUAUGAAGCAGGUCGACCCGGUCAAGAACGUCGACAAGAAGGCCAAGAAGUUCGAGAACAACUACGUGAUGAAGAGCGAGAUUGCGACGGUGUUUGUUGCCGUGAUGUGUUUCUUGCUGCUAUCCUACACAUUCCACUGCACCUGGGUCACGUCGGAAGCCUACAGCAGCCCCAGCAUCGUGCUGUCCGCGCGUUCCCACGACGGCUCGCGGAUAAUAUUUGACGACUUCAGGGAAGCGUACUACUGGCUGCGCAUGAACACUCCAGAGGAUGCGAGAGUGAUGUCGUGGUGGGAUUACGGCUACCAAAUAACAGCGAUGGCGAACCGGACUAUCUUAGUGGACAACAACACCUGGAAUAAUACCCACAUAUCCCGAGUUGGUCAGGCUAUGGCAUCGUCAGAAGAAAAAGCUUAUGAGAUAAUGCGUGAACUUGACGUUGACUAUGUGCUGGUUAUAUUUGGUGGUCUUACCGGGUACUCAUCAGAUGACAUCAACAAGUUUUUGUGGAUGGUGCGUAUUGGAGGCAGCACUGACCGGGGCAGCCACAUCAAGGAGUGGGACUACUACUCCCCGACCGGGGAGUUCAGGGUCGACAAAGAGGGGUCCCCUACCCUCCUCAACUGUCUCAUGUACAAGAUGUGUUACUAUCGCUUUGGUCAAGUUUACACCGAAGGAGGCAAGCCACCGGGCUACGACCGCGUAAGAAGCGCCGAGAUCGGCAACAAGGAUUUUGAGCUGGACGUUCUCGAGGAGGCGUACACCACGGAGCACUGGCUGGUCCGCAUCUACAAGGUCAAGGACUUGCCGAACCGCGGAGUGUAGGAGUGCUCGCGAGGUUGGCUCAGGUGACGCCCUGAAGACUGUUCACACGUCCGCACGUGCGUGAGCAAACUCCCCGGGCAGUCACGGAUGUUGUGCACACACACACUGUUGUGGCUACUGCCAUCUCCGAACAUUGUGUAAGCAAUGAAGACAUUUUUUUCCAGAGUUUAACCAGCACUUGUUCCCAGUUUUUUAAGACUACAAUUUUGACAAGACUGCAAUUCCCUGAAGUGAUGGUGUGCUUUCAGUAUCUUAUGGCCUCCUAAAAAGACAAUUUUAAUAGAACCUCGUUUCAGUAAACAUAAAUUUAAUUUUUUAUGUGCCUACUUAGUGUUUUCUAGUCUUCUGGUUAUAGGCUAUUGUUUUAUAAAUGCUAUGACUAAAUCAACAAAAACAAAUUUCUUCUGGAUAAAUUACAUUUACCUAGGUAAUAGUUAAGGCCUAGGGAACCAAGGGUUGAAUAUUAGGAGUUGGGGUGAAUUUUACUAAUAUUUACAACUUUAUUGUGUUUUUGAAUUUUCUUAAAUCGUAUCUUUAUCUGUUACUGAAUUUUAUCAACAGUACUGUAAAUACUAACAAGUAAAUGAAAGUAAAUUAUUGUUUGUGACAUUUGGAGAAGUCCUUUAAAGCACACUACAAUAUUUUGUUAUAAGAGAUUUUUAUUAUUAUUUUGUGACUGAAGAGAGUCUGAAUAUAAAAACUCAAAUAUGCACUUUUCAUAAUAACAUUUAUCAAAUCAGAUAUUACAAUUAAAUAUUUGCUAUGGCGAACUAUUUGUUUGCCUGAUGAUUCAGGAUUCUCAUGUGUAUUUUAUUAUGUUUCAGAAAUAAAUUAAAUAAACAUUAUUGAAAGUAAAAACUGUCAUAGCUAAAUUUAUUAAGUUAAACAGAAUGUACUUUCUAAUGAUGAAGCAAAGUAAUAAAUGAAAUUAUGGCAAUUUAUUAUUAUGAGUUUGUAGGCGUCUGCGAGCAGAAGAUUUUCACUUCGAGUCGAGCUCGAGCGAGUUUGCUAAAAUACUCGCGAGUAUCGAGUCGAGUUCGAGUUUUUUUUUUAAGUUUAUUGCACAUAAAUUUACUGUGAUGGAGUAAUAAAAUGUGAGAACUUUUGAGAAAAAUAUGGAAAUAAAAAAAGAAACCAUUAUCAUUGUUAGCCUACUAAAUUAAAAAAUUCGAUAUUCCUAAAGUAUUUGGAAUUUCUUAUCUCCGCCGGUUGAUUUGAAAAGAGGAAGUGAAAGAGCAUAGAAUAAAAGUAUUUUCAGAUUUUUAGCAUUUUUUUUUCGCAUAUACCGUUACUCUACAUAUUUACCAAAUUGUUUAACCUCAAAAUUAGUGUCAAAUAUCUGUAACUUGUCAUUAAGUUUAAUCAAUUUAAAGUAAUAAAAAUAGAAGCAUUUUACUUAAUUCAAUUUACACUUGCAAAAAAAACUUACGCACAAUAAACCUACAUGGAAAUUAAAGUCUUUUUCAAUGUCCUGUAGUCUGAAAUAUGUUUACUCAUGUCAUCAAAUGUAGAGCUGUACUGAAGAAGCCGAUUUUGCCAAUAUUUAGUUGAAUCGGCAUUUCUGCCAACUUCCAAUACUCUUGUUAAUUUUCGACCGAUAUUACUGAAAAACGAAAGAGACUGCCAUAACCUAAAAAUCCACGAGUACCCUUUUCACUUUUCGUAGUAGUACUACAUUCUUUCAGAUCACAUUAUUUCUUAGCAACAUGUGCCAACCGUACAUAUCAAGAUUUAACAUCCUUUUUUUUUCAAUAAUGUUCUUUAAUUUUAAUAUGUCCUAAAUAAAUACAUUACCAUCACGGUAAAUACACAUCUCGGUUAUUACGGCAACUAUAGUGCAAAUGUGGUAACUAUCAUGCUUCUGCAGUAGUUAUGGUAUCUACAAAGAAUCUUUAGUUCUUUUUAUGGUAAUUAUCUUAAGAUAACUAUUGGAAUUGUACUGUAGUUAUGGUACAUCAUCCAUAUUUCUUCGUAAGUUGUUGUUCAUUUGUAUUUUCUUCAUAUUUAUAUUUACGUGCGCCAUUACUGGCAGGAAUUUUCAUAAAAAUGUUAAACGGGACUUUAUAUCACACAUUUAAUGGUGUAAAUGAUGAGACCCCGGACAAUUUAAAUGCUUUUUAUAGUAAAAUGCGGGAAAUGUUUCCGCAUAAAGGAGGAAAGUGAUACAUUAAUGCUAUGCGGAAAAUUAUAGAAGUAAAAAAAAUUAAUCACGGAAAUUCGUAAAUCCCGGGUACGUAAAAAUGAUGUGUUCAUGUAUACGGUCGAUCAUGUUACAUUAUAAAGUAAAGGAUAAUAGUGUUGUAAGACUUUUAUUCCGAUAUAAUGAGAGUUUUUUUUCUAUAGGUACAGUGCAAGAAAAGCUCGCUCGAAUUUCGAGUUGUUGAAAAGCCACGAGCUCGAGUUCGAGUAUUACUAAAAAACUCGACUCGAAACUCGAAUUUCGAGUACUCGCAGGUGUCUAUGAGUUUGAGUUAGCAUCAAAAUAGUUAUAAAUGUACAAUAAUACAUAAAAAAAAAUUAUAAAUACCUAUCUUUAAUUAUUCUUCCACUGACUUUUUAUAUAUGAUGAAGUAUUACAGUUUUAGAUUAUUAUGGAUUUUAGUUCUAAAAAUAGAAUGUAUUUUAUAUAAAAUAAUAAAAAGUAAUAAAAUAUAAAAAUAUAUUAUUUAAAUACUUUUUUUUUUUCAUUUGAAUUUUAUAUUUGGUUUUGUAUACCUUAAUCAGUUUGUUUUAAAGAAUUUUCAUCAAAACAUUUUGAAUUUUUUUAGAUUUAUUUUCACAAGCUUUAUAUUCUCAGUGUUAACACAUAUUUGAAAUCUUGUGAAUAAAACUUAGAUUGGACAAUAUUGUUUUGUGAACAUUAUAAUGCACAUAGUCAUGAAUAUGUCUUCCUCAACAAGCAAUACGUAAAGAACUAAAAUUUUGACAGUUGGGUAUUCUCUGUUAAAGUAAAGAAAGCAUUACUUUAAUUUUCUGUUUAUCAUAUCCAUAAUGCAUUAUGCUUUAAAGUGAUAACCUCGUUAGUGUUAAACAAUUUUUUGUAGUUCAACUAGGAAGGUUCUGUCAAUGGUUUUGUGUUAAUUAAUAAUUAAUAAAAACACUAUUAACUAAAUACUUGUGAUUCACAGAUUGCCUAUAUCUGAAGUCAUCAAAUUCCUCAAAUUCUGCUUUAAAACUUGGUUUCAUUUUCCAUCUUGAAAAUAAUUUUGCUUAAUGGCGUAGCUAGCUCUUGGUUAAAAAAUAAUGUUUCAUAAUGGUUAUAACUAGCUCCUACACAUAUUUACCCAUACUAAAGUUUUGUAGUUUUUCUUUGUAUGGAGUUCAGAAAAUUACAUUUUAACAGUGAACUCUGCAUAGAUGAUUAAUAGUAAAUGUAUUAAAAUUUGCAGUCUGUUCAGGACUAUGGGGUUGCAUGCUGAUUCGUAUUGAUUUAUUUCUUUAAAACCUGUGACACUGUUUUAUGCUGAAAAUUGUCAUUUAGAAUAACAGAAUGGUAAAAAGAGACAGUAAACAUGUGUAAAAAAAAACUAAUUAAAAAAGUGAGAGAGAAAGUGCAAAAGCUUGAUGCAGUUUAGUUGAAAUCGUAACAAGCCAAAAAAAAUUUAAUGUCUGGGAAAAGAGUAUGGGAACAAUGAAAAAUGGAAAAUAUUUCAGUAAAAUAAAUAUAGCUAUGGCAUUUUUGUCAUGUCUUAGUAAACUGGUGUAUAAAAUAUCAAGAAAAUUAUGAAAAUGUAAUAUUUAUUUAAACAGUUUGGCCUUUGUAAUUUGUUUUUUGAUGUUAAUGCUGUUUGAUCUUUGUUGAUACUUUUCAGUGUUAAUGCAAUUUGUUUUGUUUUUUUCUUAACUGGCAAGAAAAAAAUAUUUUUGAAUUACAUCAAUAAGUUAUAAAAAAGGGGGGAAUAUUAUUUCUUUGGUUCUUUUGAGAUUUGAGGUUAAACUUGUUUUGUGUGUAUGGUUCAGUAGUUUAAUUUUUGAUAUACUAAAAAAGUACUCUUGUUGCUUGUAAGUGGGGAAAGUAUUGUUUUAAAUUUUGUAUUUCUUGUUUGCAAGAAAGUUGUAAUUAUUAUUUUUUUUACUGUUGAAUGCAGUUUUUUUUCUCCCAUUGUUCAAUGUUAUUUGUUUGGGCUUGAUUUUGGGGCAUGUAAUUUGCAAAACUGGGUGUGUACGUGUCCAACAAAGUUUUUACAUCUCCGUACUGUUUUUCAGAAUACAUUUGUGAUAGUGGUGACUUGGUGGCAACUUUAUAUGUCUCAUUGCCAAAGGAAACCUAUUUCAUUUAUUUCAUAAAUUCUAUGUAUGUCUUGUUCAAUUUAUUCUUAUCACAAUAAAAUAAUACAUUGCAAUUGUACAUUUUUGACAUUACAUGUUCCUAUAAAUAAGUAUGUUUUGCCUGAACAGUUAUUGAAAGUUUUGGGAUGGAAACAAUACCAUCUCGUGCUUGUUCUGGCUGCAUUAUUUAAGCCAGAAAAUAUAUUAUUUUAUGCUAAUUAAAUUUUUUUUUUCAAAUCUAACCAAAAUUCUAAGGCAAUCAGUAAAAUAACUACAAAAAUGAACAUGAUCAAUUGAAAAUCAUAUUUUUUUUAAAAGAUGACUUUUCAGUCCACUGUUUUAGCAAAUUUUUGUUGAAAAUUGUGCCUACCAAGUUUUGCAUUUGACCACCUUGGUUCAUAAAUUUAUAAAUGUGGAUAAAGUGUUAAAUGGAGUAGAGUACUGCUUUAUAUUUUCUGCUCAUCGUAUGUGAAGACUUUGUCCAAGCAUCAAUAGACAAUAGUGUAUUUUAGUGUUAAUGAGUUCGUGUAACUAGACAUACCUGUUGUCACAACAUUGUCAUAUUUUUAUGGGUUGAUCUAUGUUUAUUUUGUGUGCAAUAAACAGAAGGUGUGUGUAUACAUUGUA